GAUCUUUCUUCUUAAAAAAAGAAAAAAACGAACUCUUUAUGGAUUCGAAUUCCGACCCAUGUUUUGGCUUUGCCUUCAACAAUGUUCAAUUCUCCGACCGUCUUCUUCGUAUCGAGAUCACUAAUGGCGGUGAGAUCACAAAUGUCGAUUCGGUUCAGGAUCGCAAACGCAGGAGAACAGAUGUCAACACUAGCGCUGUAGAUGGUGAAAAUGAGAAAGUGUGUAACCCUCCAGCUCCUAGAGUUACAGAAUUACAUAUAAGCUCUCCCAUUUUGGCAGCCCAAAGCCCAUUUUUCUACAAGCUAUUCUCUAAUGGAAUGAUUGAGUCAGAGCAGAAUCAUGUCACUUUGAGAAUAGAAGCUUCUGAGGAAGCAGCUGUAAUGGAGCUAUUGAAAUUCAUGUAUACAAAUUCGCUAUCAUCAGUCACUGACGUCCCUGCUUUGUUUCGUGUUCUAAUGGCCGCAGACAAGUUUGAAGUUGCUUCGUGUAUGAAGUAUUGCACCCGUUCGUUGCUUAAUAUUCCCAUGACAUUGCCUUAUGCGUCGUUUAUUCUUCGUCUUCCUUGGCCCCUGCUAGUCGCUGAUUCCGUAAAGCCUUUGACAAAUGUUGCAAAGCAUUUCCUCAUCAUGCAUUUCAACGAUAUAACCAAGUUGCCACCAGAGGAGUUGACGGCUUUACCGUUAGUAGGUAUCAUGACACUACUAAUGAGCAACGAUCUGAUGAUUACGUGUGAGGACAUUGUCUACGAAGUUGUCUUGAAAUGGGCAAAAGCAAACUCCUCGGUUCUCGAAGAACGCCAAGGGAUCCUCAAUCAUCUCGCUCCCUACAUCCGUUUCCCUUACAUGACAUGUCACAGGCUCAAGAAAAUCUUGACCUCAGACGACUUUGAACUUUCUGUCGCGCACAAACUAGUCUUUGAAGCUCUCUUCUUCAAAGCAGAAUCAUCACUGGCUCAUCAAGCCGCCAUAAAAGCCGACUCACAUGACCGACGGUUUAUUGAACGAGGCUACACAUGCAGACCCAUCAAAACUGUGGAGUUCGAGGUGCCUCACCGUCAGUGCAUAGUCUACUUAGACUUGACGCGCAAAGAAUGCAAUGCUCUGUAUCCAUCGAAUCGUAUCUACUCUCAAAAGUUUCACUUGGGAGGGAAAGAGUUCUUACUCUCACCUUGUUGCAACAAGGACCAGCAAAAUAGGUUUCACCAUUUUGGAUUGUUUCUUUGGUCACAAGAAAAAGGGACGUCGGUGAGUGUGACUGUGGACUACGAGUUUUCAUCUAGGUGGAAGCCAACCCAGGAGUUUGCCAUAAGACGCAAAGGAAAGUAUAAGUUCACCGGAGUUCAAUCUAUUGGAUUCAGGGACGUGUUAGGGGCACCAUGGGCUAGUUUCAUUGGUGAGGACUCCCCCUACUUCAUCAAUGAUCUUCUUCAUCUCCGAGCCGAGCUCUCUAUCCGUCUUUAGGAUCAACCCAUUAACUGCAUCCUUUUUUUUUUCUUUCUUUCUUUCUGAACUUGCAUAUGAUGUAAAUCAUCUUCGUCUUUAAAGUAUAAAAGCAUCUCUGUCUUUCUCAAAUGGAAAACUUGUAACAUGAGACUUCCAAGAAAAACUCUCACAUUAUUAUUUCUCAUGAGAAUCUCUUGAUGCGGAUAACUAGAGUUUCUCCCAAAACUAAAUUGCAAAUUCAAUGCCCAGUGGACCUAAGAGAAUAUUUUCAGACUGCAGAAGAUAACAUUGUUGAAA